AUGCUCACCCGACAGCUCAUCCACACGAUUCCACGCGCGUCUAGACAGCAUGUGGCUCUUGGGGCCACCCGUACAUGGUCCGACUGGCGAGAGACUGGCGGCUCAGUCAAGGAGUUCAUUCAAGACAUGACGUCUCGCCCACCUACAGUGUCCACCGACGUCAUUGACGCUGGCCGCGCUCUGCAACUCCUCCGCACCCUCCCAACGCGUCAAACAGAUGUCGCUGCUGGCACCGCUCCUGCCGUCCUUGGCGGCUCUCUCGAGAAGGCUCACCACCUCAUCUACUUCCAGCCCCAAGACUGGAUGCGUGAGCUCGCAGAGGAUGGAACGUCGACAGAGUACAAUGCACCUGCACCCUACAAGCGUCGCAUGUGGGCCGGCGGUGCGUUUGAGUGGUUCCCCGACCGCGGGCUUCCUAUUGGCAAGGAGGUCACUCAGACCAUCACCGUGCCGGAUGUGAGCGAGAAGAGUGGGAUGAUGUUUGUCAACCAGGUCAGGGAGUACCAGGCCACGGACGCACCCAAGGGCGAGUGGGCCGUCCGUGAGCACCGCACGCACGUCUUCCUUCCGGACGAGGCUGCCCAGACAAAGCCCAAGCCCAAGCCGUCAACGGUCGGCAUGCCCAAGCCCGACUACACGUUUACAUACACGCCUUCCACACCGCUCUUGUUCCGCUACAGUGCAUUGACGUUCAACGCCCACAAGAUCCACUACGACAUCGAGUGGACGCUGAAGAAGGAAGGCCACCCGGAUCUCGUCGUCCACGGUCCCCUGACCGCGACGCUCCUGGUGGAACUCGGUGCCGAGGCUGCACUGGACACGGCCACCAACUUUACCCGCUUCGACUACCGUGCCACUUCACCCAUGUAUGUCGACCGCGAUAUCACGCUGAACGCGGCCUGGGACACGCGCGGCGAGAAGUUAACUCUGUGGGCGGAGCAGGACGACAAGGUGGGCAUGAAGGCGACGGCAGUCUUUGCCCCGGCCGUGCUGUAA